UUAAUAUAAGGAGAAGAUUGCUGUCCUGUUUUUACUUCAACUAGUGACUCAAAUCUUCAGAUAUUUUAGGACCGCCAACUUUCUGAGCUUUUAGGGAUUUAGUAGGGAUCAGAACUGAUGGUUUCAGGCUAUGAACAAAACAACAGGACAAGAGGACAGAAAGCUGCUAUCUUCACACAGACGUGAAGUACACACCAGGAUUUUAGAGCAGUGCUCUACUUUGAUGAAAGGAAUACAAAUUCUUCCAGGCACCAACUUGAAGGCUUCCUGGAGAUCUCUGUGUACUCACCGACUCUCAGCCGUCUCCAUGUCAGCCCGCUUGCUGUGACGGAACCGCCGGCAUGGCAGGCAGUGAGCCCGGGGAUGGAGGAGAGGAACCAACUCUCAUCUCAUUUCUGGAAGAGGAAGGAAACGGUGCAGCAGCUCAGAGUUCUGACCUGAAAGAACACGACGAAGAAUACAAGCUUGAGGAAGAUUUGUCUGACGGUGGCAAGAUGGGGAACGAGGUCACUUCUGAAGAAGCUGGAGACAAGUCUGAACAUAGCAGGGACAGUUUGGAACAUUGCCUGGACAACAUUACAAGCAGUCAGGCUCUGAAGUCUGCAGAUAGAAUUUGCUUAUUUGCUUUACCCAGGAACCUAAAAGAGCUCAGCUACAUUGCCAAAGAAAAGGAACUUGUGGUCCAGAAAACCAGAGAUGAGCUGAGUGCCUGCCAGCUGCGGAUCGCAACACUAGAAAAGCAGCUGGUGAACGUAGACAUUGAGACAGAGGAGGAGAAGGAGGCUGGCAAUGUCCCAGCCGUGUUCCGCCUACAGGCAAUGCAUAGGCGACUGUGCACUGAGCUGGAGGGUGAGAAGAAUUUGGAGCUGAAAAUUGCUUUGACACUGAAAGAAAACAUGCUUGAGAUGUGGCAGAUAGAAACCCAGCAGGGAAAAUAUGAAAUCCUCCACAAACAACUUCAAAAAGAUGAGGAGGAGCUAGAGAUGCAAUACCAGGACCAAGCAGAAGUGCGGAUUCGGAAGGAAAAAAUAGCAGCACUGAAAGCAGAAGAAAAUCAGCUGUCUUUAAAAAAAAAAGAAGAGAAAGCCCAGAAAGGAUACGAAAAAAGGCGUAAAAAAAUGCUUGAAGAUGCCAAAAGGAACCACAAAAAAGCAGUCUACUUCCUGAGAAAAAGCAUGGCAAGAAUUCAUGAGAAGAAUGCAAAGGAAGAAGCGAAAACUCAGGAGCAUAUGGAGAGAAGGAUACAAGCUGUGCUCUCCCUGAAAAACAGCAUAACUUCCAAUAGGGAAAAACUCCAGGCUCUCCAGGCUUGGAACCAAGCAGUGGUCUCUGAGGCAAAGAAACAGGAGAUGACAAUGAGGGAUGCUAUCCUGGCAGAAGGAGGCAAUGUUGCCAAGGAAAUUUUACUCCAUAAACGUCUGCUGCAGCAUGAAAAGGAGAAAGAAGCUUUUAGAGAGCAACAAAAAUCAAGAAAAAUUGAGAUUGUAUCUAAAAUUCUGCAAGAAAAAGCUUCCAUUUUCAAGCAGAAAAAUCAGCAGUCCUGUACUAAGGCAAUUAAGAGUGGUGGUAAAUGUACAGAUUCUUUACUGUGGAGAAAGAAAACAUGGCGCUACAUUGAGAAGACCUGCAAACAUCCAGCUGGGGCACCACAGAAGUCGUGGUGCUCUCCAUCAGUUUGUUCCCCAGCUGGUGAGAGAACUGCUUCUGUAGGAAAGUGUUCUGAAAACGUCCCCCACGAUGUGCUCUGUGAAAGUGAUGAGGAUGAGGAGGAGAGGGAUAAGAUCCCAGCAGAACCAGAGCUCCCAGAACUAUUGAAUCAGGAAUGUGACUUGCACAAGAUAUCCAAAGAGGAAAUUGAUACAAAGCAUCUGGCUACAAGGACAACGAAAACAGAGACUUUACAGGAAAAGAAGGAGGAAUUCCAAACUAGAAUUUUUCAUAAGGGAACAGUGUCUGGUCAUGAACAGCAAGGACGAACUUUCUAUACUAAACCAAGUUGUGUUCAUUUCAAGGAUUUCGAUGUUGGUAAAAUCUACAAAAAGAAGAUAGUUUUGAUAAAUGCGUCCUACAGCAUUAACUACUGCAAACCAGUGGGAAUCAGUGAAUGGCUGAAGGACUUCAUCAGCAUUCAGUUUGACCCGCCUGGUAAAAUGUCUGCUGGAAUGUCCUGUGAAGUGGGGGUAACCUUUAAGCCUGUGGUAAAUGAAAAUCUGGAAGGAGAAGUCAUGUUUAUGGCCCAAACAGGAUCCUUCUCAGUUCCACUGAAAUGUACAGCCAAGACGUGCAUUCUGGCACUAGAUAAAGAUCUUGUUGACUUUGGCACUCAAGUGGUGGGAGAGACAAUUUCACAAACUGUCAGCCUGACAAACACUGGAGCUUUGGGAACAAGAUUCAAGGUUCAGACAUCAGCAGGUGACAGCAGUAGAUGUGGAGCAACAGCAGGAUCUUCUGCUACCAGAACAGUUACUCAACCAUGCAGUGACUCUGCUCCUGAGAGGAAAGAUAACAAUAGUUCCGUAACAUCUGUGCUUGAAAAGAAAGAACAAAUUUGUCCUGAUGGUAGUGAAGAACCAACCUGCUGUGUAGCCCAGGUGGAGCAGCAGAGGACUGAGACAAGUUCUACAGAACAACUUGCUCAAGAUGCAUUCAAUCUCAGUUCAGAUAAAGACACAAACAAUGCACAUCAUUUAACGGAACGCUCACCUGAAGAAACACCAACUGAAAUUAUGCUGGGAAAGGUUACUGAAGGUGAAAUUGGACCCUUCAGCUCAGUCAAACUUCAGGUUAUAUUUAUGCCAUCCAUCCCUGGGGACGUACGGGCAGAGUUUGUGAUUGUGUUUGACAACACAGACUGCAAACCACUGUACUUCAGUGCCAUUGGAGUCUCUAUUGACGUGCCAGUUUGGGUGCCCAAUCCCAACAUUGAUUUAAAAAUCUGUGUGUAUGACAGACUUUACCAGGACUGCGUUGUCAUCCAGAGCAGAGCAAAAACUACGCUGCAUUUGAAGUUUGAAGUAUGCAAAGAAUUGAGCAAACACAUGAAGCUGCUUCCAAAAACAGGUUACAUUCAACCUCGGUCAUCCUUCAGUGUGCAGUUGAAGUUUCUGCCCAGGCACUCCCUCCCCGAAGACGCAGGGAGCUGUUUUAAUGAAGAGACAGGUGUUCUGGAAGCUCCAGUGAUGAUACAGAUUGCAGAUAAUACUAAACAAAUUAAUUUUACUGUCCAUGCAAUUGUUACUACUUCUGACUUGGAAAUCAGUCCAGCAGAAAUCGAUUUUGGGUACUGCACCAUCUAUGAAGCUGUAAGGACAAAUGUCACGCUAACCAACAAGUCCAUCUUGCCACAGGAGUUUGGAUUUGUGAAACUCCCAGAGUUUGUUGAAAUUCAGCCUAAUGAUGGAUUUGGAGUUGUUCUUCCUCUUGAAAGUCUGACGUUGCACGUAGUCUUUAAAGCCAACAAGGCAAAAGAGUACAGCUUUGAACUGACCUGCAAGUCAGAGCUUAAUAGACAAUUCAAGUUGUCAUGCAGAGCAGUUGGAGUCCACCCACCUCUUGAAUUGUCUCAUUCCUUAGUUCAGUUUGCUGCAACAGCUCUAAAUGAUGUGUCUACAGCAACACUGUAUGUGAUGAAUUCCCAUGUGAGUACCAACCUCUUUACUCAUGCAGUCCCAAGAAUUGGCAGUGGGGAAGUUGCCCCUGUUGGACCCACUUCAUUUGAAUUCUACGUGCCAGAAGACUGUCCUGUGACAAUCAUGCCUUCUGUUGGAACUGUGUUGCCUGGGAAGAAAAGCUUGAUUCAAGUGUCCUUCAGACCAACAUUGUCAGAUCAGCUAAUCAGAGAAGAGGCAGCUCUGAGGCUUUGUGAAGCAGCUGCAACAGGGGCAGAAAUACAAAAAAGGAAGACAGAUGAAAAGAGAGAGGGAAAGAGAUUAAGUGUUCCUAUUUCCAGACGGCGGUCUUCCAGACAGGUUGUGAGGACUGGGAGUGCUAAAUACCUGAGUUCUUCAUAUAAAUCUGAGCAACCAGAAUCCAAAGAGAUAAAGUCUGACUCAGAGGCUUACAUAGCAGCGCAGGCAUUCCUGACAAGGAAUUUCAGAGGAAGGUUUGAAAAAUACACCAUACCAUGCUUUGUUGCAAGUGGAGAUAUUGAUGAGAAGAGAGGCUUGGAAAGUCUAAGCUUCAGCCCUUAUAACACCUUGUAUUUGGAGCUGCAUUGUCCAGCUGUAGCACCAUCUGUUGUGGUCACUUCAGAUAAUGGAAGAAACACGGUCGAUUUUGGUGAUGUGGCAGUAGGCCAAACAAUACUGAAGCAAACUACGUUACAAAAUAUCUCCCCAGAAAAGCUGGAACUACGAUUCUCAGUGCUGAAUCCCAGCGGUCCCUUCCUGUUGGUCAGACCAGUUAGGAUGCUUGAGCCAGGUGAAAUCAGAACCCUCGUCAUCUCUUUUACUCCAAAUGAGGACAAAUUGUUCUUUGAAAUGCUGCAUGUCCAAACUGUAAAAAACAACUUGCCACUACGGAUCACUGGUUAUGGGGUGAUGCCAUCAACAGUUUGCUCUGUGGAAGAAGUACUUGAUAUGGGCUAUGUCCUAACCGGAGAGAAGGCGACGUCCACGUUCAAGAUACAGAACACUUCCACACUGACCCUGCAAUGCUCCAUUCAUCUGGAUUCAUUUUCAUCCACGAGGGAGAAACAUCAGCAGAGGAUUCCAUCCUUUCUUAUGUCCUCUUUGCAAGGAGCAGAGAUUGCUGGAUCAGAAAACUACAAUGGUUUAAGCGUGUUCAGUGUCCUUCCUACAGAAGGAGAAAUUCUUGCUGGAGAAAGCCAGGACUUUUCUGUUACUUUCAGUCCUGAGUGUGAAGGUCUGUACUACUCUGAGUGUCUCAAGGUUGUGCUCUUUGGCAAGAAGACUGCCCAUGUUCUCCAGCUUAAAGGUGCAGCAAGAGAUCAUCCCGUGUUUGUGGAAGGUGGAAUUCCACUAGAUGUGCCCAUUGAGUCCUUGGCUGUAACAUCACCUCUGUCAUCAAAGAAAGCACUAAAAGAAGAGCUGCAAGAACCUGUGAAGUCCAUUCUCCUGCUUCUGGAGCACGUGGAGGGAGAGAAUGCCCUACUGCCAGCAGCGACAGAACUGAAAGUUGGAGCUAUACAGACAGCUCAGUUUGCAUCUAAGAAGAAUGUGGAGUUCAGUUUUGAUAACCUGUCACACCUCCAGAAGAAGGGAUUUGCUAUUGAACCUGUGAAGGGAAAAGUUGAUCGUGGUCAUGUAAAAUGCAUCAGCGUUUGUUGGGUGCCACCUGCUGACUUUGAUGCCAGUGCCCCCCUGGUUGAGACAGCCUUCCUGAACUUAAAAGGUGACGUAAAGGAAUCUUACCGAAUCCUCUUUGUGGCAACAGUUAUAUCUGCUCCCACUGGCUGAGGGCCUGAAGCUAUGUGGAAGGUGAACAUUCAAUAUUUGGGAAAUCACUGGAUCUCAGUUGGAACCUGGGAAGAUUCUGAAACUGUUGCAAACAUGAGGGGAGGAGGAAAGCAGAAAGGAUUAGACUGACCUGGUGAUGCUAACAUUGUAGUAUAGGGAAGAAUAAAUGAGAGGCACCAAGUAGAUACAUGUCUGUUAAUUGCAGUGUCUUCCAAAGGCAGGAAUUCCCUCAGAAGGAAUAUCUUUUACCUCUAAAUGGGUGAGUUUCAAACAACGUCUGCUUCAAACUUCAUAUGCAUUUUAAUGGCUGAAGUGGUUUUCUUUUUUUGUUUUUCCUACUAAGACCAGAAUAAAGCACUUUAUUUUAAGCCUC